UAUAGAGAAAGGACUGGUUUAGCCUUGCCCAAUAACCCUUAUUUUGGGCAGGGUCUAAUUAAGGGGUAGGGCCAAUCAGAGGCGGCGUUGCUUUUGCGGCUCCACGUCGGCACCAGCUGCGGGGCAAGAUGGAGGCGCUGAUUUUGGAACCCUCCCUGUAUACUGUCAAAGCCAUCCUGAUUCUAGACAAUGAUGGAGAUCGACUGUUUGCCAAGUACUAUGACGACACCUACCCCAGUGUCAAGGAGCAAAAGGCCUUUGAAAAGAACAUUUUCAACAAAACUCAUCGGACUGACAGUGAGAUUGCCCUCUUGGAAGGCCUGACAGUGGUAUACAAAAGCAGUAUAGAUCUCUAUUUCUAUGUGAUUGGCAGCUCCUAUGAAAAUGAGUUGAUGCUUAUGGCCGUCCUAAACUGCCUCUUCGACUCAUUGAGCCAGAUGCUAAGGAAAAAUGUAGAAAAGCGAGCACUACUGGAGAACAUGGAGGGGCUCUUCUUGGCUGUGGAUGAAAUCGUAGAUGGAGGGGUGAUCCUAGAGAGCGAUCCCCAGCAAGUGGUACACCGGGUGGCAUUAAGGGGUGAAGACGUCCCCCUUACGGAGCAAACGGUGUCUCAGGUGCUGCAGUCAGCCAAAGAACAGAUCAAGUGGUCACUCCUCCGGUGAAGACCUCACUGUUCCUGGCUCCUCACCCUGUCAAAACUCUGCAUGUCUCUCGUGACUUCUCACCUGGUCCCAUAAUUGAUGCUCUCAGGGUCAUCUUGGGGAUCAUAAGGGAUCUUUAAAUCUCCAUCUGUCUAUGGUUGUCCCCCCAACCCACCUCCACACUUCUGAUUGCUUUGUAGGGCAGGGGAAGCACCCUCUUCCUUUCUGUACUGAAAUUUUGCUCCCAUGCUCUCCUACCGCCAUGUUUUCUCCUUACCUUCUGUGCCCUUUGCUGUAGCUACACUUCACAUCAAGGCUGGGGAAAGAAUGUGCUGAGUGUUUCCUGCCUUUACCUCUAUCCAGCUUUCAUCCCAACAGCCCGUAUGUCCAGCAAGGGGAAGGAGAGAGAAUUCUUUUCUAUAGAGUGAGUGGGGUAGGGAUUGUAGGGAUGGAUCCAGUCUCAGCCUCAGUCCCACUUAACUGGCCUCAGCAUUUACUCCCUUUCCUUCUUACUGCCCUGUCCUUCCUUCCACCCUGGAAGAUUGGGAACGGCUCAUAGGGAGGGGACAGAAUAGAAGAAACAGUGAUUUGAAUUUUAUUGGCUGGGCUUAUAAAAUUAAUUCUCUACCCUGAUCCUAGCAUAUAGCUUCAAAACUGCUGUGGCCUAUGACUGUCCACUAUGGGAGUGUCCAUCUUGGUCUGCUACCUUAACUCUCCUUUAUUGCCUGUGGGAUCUUUGCCUGGUUGUCCUCUCUGUACCCUGGAGUAAAGCCCAUUGCUGGCAUUAAAACUCCAUUCUCAGUCCCGAGAAGAAGAGUUCCGUUCUCAGAACUGGGAAUAGAGUGGAGUUUGGGUCUUGGGCAUCUCGUCUCUCCCACAUGCAUUUACUCCUCUGCCUUGGGUCUGCAGCUGCGGCUUCCCAGUCCUUGCUCCGCCUCAGCCUUCCAUCCAAGCUGUAGGUCUGGGCUCCUCCCCUCCCUAGGGUGCAGAGAGAGGUGCCUUCUUCAUGAAACCUUUGGGACUUGGAUUUCCCCAGGAGAUGGAGGAUGGAACAAUCCACUCUAGGGUCUAAUCUUUCCCCUUGACCCAAAACUUCCUUCCCACAAAAAUGUCUUAAAAAUCCUUCCUGAGAUUUAAAUAUUCUGCCCUACCCACCAACUGCCAACUCUCCAGCACUGAAGUGGGGCGGGUAACUGGGCAUAUUUGAAGGGGCAUCUUUGUGUAAGACAUAUGCAUGGAGUCAGGAGAGAGCUACCUUUGUGUACCUGCUCUGUGCAAAGAAGAAUAAAACAGAUUUCUUUUUCCAAAC